AUGCUGACAUGUUUGCUUGAUGUCUUUGAGUACUUUUGCCUGAGGCGCCUGCAAAGUGCACUCGAUGAAGGUGAAACCAUAACUAACACUAAAGCAGAUGCAGCUCUAAAGUUAGCAGAUGAAGAUCUGAGGAAAUUCUUGGUGAGAAAAACUUUGGUAGCAUUUCCUCACAGAGCAAACCUUCCUCCUCUUGAAGGAGGGCCUGUUUUCUCCUCAGCAAGAGACUUUAGGAAGAAGUCAGAAGAUGAAGGGUCAUCCUCUUCCUCAAGCUCUGACUCAGAUUCCAGUUCUGAAGAUGAUGAUGGUGAUGAUGAUGGUGGUGAGGGCUUCAAAGAAAUCAUAAAAACAAAAGUAUCAUUUCCAAGACGAGAUCCCAUCCUUUCUGGUGAUAGUACAAUGAAAGUAAAUAUAACAAGCGAAAAGAACUUUGCUCAAGAAAGAGUCAAGAGCAAACAACCCAAGAAGCUCCUUUAUAGUCUGAAAAUCACAGAGACCCCAAUCAAACAAGAGCAGUUUUAUCAGGAAGCUGCUGAUAACAAACUGUUAAAAUCUGAUUUGGAGAAACAUGCCAUAAAACAAAGUCCUAAAGAGAGACCCUUAAAGAACACAGACAUGGGAACAAAAAUAGUGGAGAAUCAAAGAUCUGCAGAAAUUACAUCUAAGCAACUGAAAGCAUCUAUCCCUGAAGCAGCUUCUAGUACAUUGUCUCAGACAAAACCCAUGCUUCAGCAAGGUGUGCAAAAUUUGACUUUAUUAAAUCAGAAAGCAAGCACGACAAAUGAAGUACAAAAUACUGAAAUACAAAGAACAGCUGCUGUGCUACAAGAAGUAGUUUUGGAUGACAGAACACCAGUGGCUGAAACUACAGAGAAGGAAGAUAUGGUCUUGGAAGCAGGAGUUCAGACUGAACAGCAGCAAAGCACUCUACAGGAGACGAAGCCACCAGUUGAACCUGCUCAAGAAACAUUUGACAUUUCUUCCUACAAGAACCUGCAGCAUCAUGAGUAUACCCCAUACACAUUUGUGGAUUUUGAUGUUUUGCUUUCAAAACUGAGGCUGCCUCAGCCAUCAUCUGGGAGAUUAUCUCCCAGGCACUGAAUCAGAUGAGGAAACUCAAUAUAUUCUGACAAUAAAGUAAUACCUGUUUUAAAAUA